UCGCUGAGAUAGGAAAAAGUGUGGCAGCAGUCUGCCAAUUCGUUGAGAUUGAGCAACAAAAGAAGGCGACUAAGGAACGGAGGAAGAUGGAGAAAAAGGAGGCCGAGGAACGUGCUGAAGCGGAACGUCGGGAAUUGGAACAGAAACGUAAGAAGAAGGAGGAGAGGAUGCAGAAGGAAGCUGAGAAGUUUGAGGAGGUUAACAAGCAUUUGGACAUCAAGGUGGCAUUGCGAGUGGGUGAGCUACGGGAGGAAGUACGGGAGGAUGUGCGCCUGGAGAUUAGGGAGGCGAUUAACGAUUUGUGUCGGGUUGUUGCACGAGGCAAGCAGAAAGCGGACACGACGUCGCGUUCUGGGCUGGAGAGCAGUGCAAGCAGCAACGACACGAAGGAGUUGAGCGAACGUACACGCCAGUUGACCAUCUUUGAGAAAAGGAAGCGCGGGCCGAAACCGGUGUUCGAAGACAGCCCGCCAAUGAAACAGCCGCCGAAGCGCACUCCCCGCAAAGUCGGUAAACCUGCCAAGUUGACCGAGCGUCUGACACGUUCGAAGGUGAAAAAACAUGGGAACACUCUCACACUGAAGAAGACCCCACCGUCGAUACGGAAGAAGACAGCAACACUCAGAGUGGUCAACCGUUCGAAGUUCGAGAAGAAGAUAAUGAACGACCUCAAGGGUCUGGAUGCACUUGUUUUGCAGAAUAUCUGCAAAGAUGAAGGCAUCGCGUAUAACGGUAAGUUCGAGUCCAUCUUCGAUAUUGCCGCGCAUCGCGCGCAGCUAACCUACGACCCAGAAGAGGAGGAUGCUGGGACCACCGAACAGGAGGGCGUCCCUACCGAGGACGCCGCUGAUCAGGUCCCGAAUGGCCAAGAGUGAUGAGCUUAUAGUAUUGCUGACCUAUGGGAUAUUGUUCAUGGAUUGACUAAGUUGCGAGCACUUUUGGGGUACGUUGAUGCUAGGAUCGAGGAACUUUGUCGAUUGGUAGUAGUGCGCUUGUCAUUUGCUGGCGUGAUCCGGUGGACGUGUAAGUGCUAGGAUUCUUGGAUCCGAUUGUAUGGAUGUUUCGGUACCGAAUUUGUUAACUUACGACAAUGUGUGUACAUAGUUGUCUCACCCUAUUGUAAGUCCCAAUAUGUAGGAAAAAGCACUCGACAUCUUGAUGUACGCUGGAGAGAGCACACGUAUGCAUGUAAAGUAUGAAAGUCUAACCACUUUUAUCGAUGGCUUAGUAUUUUUGGGCUCGAUAAAUAUGUGCUGGUUCC